AUGGCUGGAGGCAAGAUAAGGAAGGAGAAGCCCAAGGCACCAUCAAACCAUUACCAAGGAGGAGUCUCCUUCCACAAAUCGAGAGGACAACAUAUCCUCAAGAACCCUCUCCUCGUCGAUUCAAUCAUCGGUCCAGGUACUGGUAACCUGACGAAGAAGCUUCUGGAAGCUGGUAAAGAAGUCAUCGCUGUGGAACUCGAUUCUCGUAUGGUCUCGAGCUUCAACGCCGUUUCCAAGGAACUCCUUAUUCUAACCGCUUAA